UCAGAUUGGAUGGCUGUUAGACUGUUACUAAGUAAAGCGAUGGCUGCGGGGUUUGGCACUAUUUUUACUGGAAUCUGCAUGAAUCGAACAACUCCAACUGAUGUGACGCAUAGACGAACUAAACAUAUGUUUAUGGAAAUCAAGUAACUGGCAGAUAAAAACAGCAACAACAAUGUCUUCGGAUCGUUUUCACAAAGCUGCUAAAGAUGGCUUGCUCGAUGUGCUCAAAGAAGCUACCCGCAAGGAUACGAAUGCCAAGGACGAUGACGCAAUGACGCCCGUUAUGUGGGCUGCAUUCGAGGGACGUCUGGAUGCCCUUCGUUUGCUCUGUGGCAGAGGGGGCGAUCCCGAUAAAUGCGAUCAGUUUGGAAAUUCUGCACUGCAUUUGGCAGCUGCCAAGGGCCACUUACAUUGUGUCGAUUUUCUCGUUAAAUUUGGUGUCAACAUCUAUGCCUUGGAUAUAGAUAAGCAUACGGCAAAGGAUUUGGCAGCUAUAAAUAAUCGCGACGAGAUUUUGCGCUACUUGGAUACAGCUGCAGCCCAAUUUGAGGCAACGGAAAAAAAAAAGUCGAAGGCCUUAAAGGAGUUAGCUGAGAAAAAUUGUGAGAAACGAGUGCGUGAAUACAUGAAGCGCCAGCAACUGCAACAGCAGCGCCAAGAGCACGAAUAUUGCGACCUAAAGCCACCGAAUAUAUCCACCUAUGGCAUAAGCAAGUCCAGCAAUAUGCUGUCCACUUUAAAGCAGAAAAUAUGGUCCAGCCAGGGCAAUCUGAAUAAAACACCACGGGAACAACUACCCGCCCCGGCAAAGAGUGGUGCCAGGUUCAGUGACCUGGUUGGUGCUGGUGGCAACGGUGGCACCAGCAGCAGCGGUGGCUCCACUAUAGCGAGUCGGUCAGGUGCUUGUGGCAUGCACAAGAUGCAGCAGCAACUGCAGAAACCACAGCAUGGUAAGGCUUGUCCGCAUGCCUCAGAUAACGGCGCAUUCAAGGUGCGUGAAACGGAGGCGGAUGGGAAACGGACAAUAACGUCGCUUACGGGACUACAGCGUGACUCCGAAGUGCUAUAUGUGGGCACAUUUAGCUCCACGGAGGACGGCAAUGGCAAGCGUGGCAAAAUUAGCGACGUCUUCGAAGUAGAAGAGACCUGCAGCGAUUCCGAACGCAAUGGCGGCCGAAUAGGCUACAAUACGUCCCUGGCACGCUCAUUCUCCCAACCCGACAUACUGGGUGAUUCGCGAGAGACGGGCGAACUGAACGAGGACUUGACGCUGCAAAGACCUGUUGGCCUUUUCGAUAGACCCACUAUGUUGGGCAGCAUUGCAUUUCGGCGUUCGGUAACGGCGGCCCUAAGUCAGCUGCAUACUGACUCAACGGAUACAAUAUCCACCUCAACAGCCGCCACAGCCCGGCUUCGCAACACGAUGGUGGGGCGUGGUAGCAGUAGUGGCAGCAACAAUACCAAUAGCCACAACAAGACUCGUUCGGGUGCUGGCAAGGCACGCUUGUACCUGAAUCUGUCCGAUGACACAGACUCGGAAGAUGGCAAUGAUGUUUACAGCGACGACGAUGAGGACGAUCAGGAGAGCUCGGGAGGCGCCUUGCAGCGUUUUCUUGCUGUUUGGGCCUUGGAGGAAUAUUUGCCAGUUUUUCAGAAGCAAGAAAUAGACCUGGACACUCUGAUGCUCCUAACGGAGGCUGAUCUGAAAACGCUCGCCCUUCCUCUGGGGCCCUUUCGAAAGCUAACGUAUGCUAUACAGGAACGUCGUAAUGCCCUUGCCAAUCCCGGACCCAUGCUGGACAGUCGUUUAUAAUUGAAGCAACACAUCUGCAGCUACAUGGCAUUUAAUGUUUAAGAAUUUUCGCUAUGUACAAUACAAAAGACAAAUAUACAUUCAUUGGACAAUGAAACUAAUCAGC